UUGCCUUCAGUUUUAGGCGUUCACUUGAGACGGCGACAACGUAACGAAUACGAAAACGAAUACAGAACAAAAAAAAGAAUAGCGAUCAAUCCGAGUGUGAAACAAUUCAAUAAAACAGCAUCGCAAUGGUAUCUGUGGAGACAAUUGGUUCGAUCUUCAUCAAAGCGCUUAAGCUGAUCAUCAAUUUGGUCGUCAUCAUACUCUAUCGUUGGGGAGAUGGCGGAGAAUUCUUGGGCAUUGGCGGCACCUGGAACUUGAAUGAAGAGAAAAGCGCCGAUGCGGAAAUCGUUGCCUCCGGCGUCAUGGUUGGUUUCUUCAUCUACACCGCUUGCCACACGAUUGCCUUUGCCUUUGGCACCACCAAGCACAAGGGGGAACUCUGUGACACCAUCAUGAAUGUGGUGGGCACCUUCAUGUGGAUCGCUGUCGGUGGAGUUGCUUUGCACUACUGGAAGGGUUACAUGUCCGACGAGGGAUUCCUGUAUGUGAACUCUGAGCGACAGGUGGGCAUUGCCAUGGGAUCGUUGUGCGUCAUCGAGGGAGCACUUUAUCUCCUCGACACUGUGCUCGCCUGCAUACACUACUCCAAGGGCGACACCGACUACACACAGUAGUUAAUUAAUAUCCCAAAUAUACAUAUAUAGAGAGAGAGUAACGAGGAUGAAGCAUGGACAUUACUUUUGAAGCGCCUUUCUUUAGCCAUUAAGGCAGCUAACGAAUAACUGACAAUUUUACUACACUUUUUCAGUUAAUUCUAAGUGCAAAUUAGUUUGUAACCCACACACACAUACACACAUACCAAUUAAGCCAAUUGUGCAUCAAUUUUCUUACUUACUUCUUACAUUUACCAUUUAACGAGCGUUUACUGUACAUCAUAAUUAAUUCAUUCUGUUUGGCUUUUAACAUUUUUCCAAAUAUAAACUGUUAAGAUCCAACACACACAAAAACCACAAAACUGUUAUCAAUAUUUUAUAGGAGAAACAAUUAAUCGUCACUCGGCUACAGUAAUAACUGCAUAAGUGAGUCAUUAGCUUACGUUUCACAGGAAACGAAAUUGGUCAUUGCAUUACAGUUAUUUAGUCAUUUACGAUAUCGAGCAAGUCUCAUAGGCGUUAUGGAUCUAAUGUGUAAUGCUCUCUGACUAAACUGAGCAGCUGAAUUUUCAUAAACU